UAGCUUUCCAAGGGGGUAAACAGACCUACACACACAUAGCGCGCUUUAAAAUGCAAACAUGUAAACCAGCAGCAGCCUCCACAGCUCUGAUACAUGCUGGAUCACUGAUGUUGCGCGCGACGGAUCAACUGAUAUAAAGGUUAUGGAUUCAAACCUUCCUUGUUUUAUCCUGUUCAUCUUGACUGGCUGUGUCAUAAGCUCUUCUGAUAACCAUCACCACAACGGCACCCGCCACUAUGACUACUGUGUGCUCGGAGCUGGUCCUGCAGGGCUGCAGAUGGGAUAUUUCCUCUCCAAGGCUAAAAGAGACUACAUCAUCUUGGAGAGGAACUCAGGACCAGGCAGCUUCUUUAACAAGUAUCCCAGGCACAGGAAGCUCAUCAGUAUUAACAAGAUCCACACGGGAAGGCAGAACUGGGAGUUCAACCUGCGCCAUGACUGGAACUCUCUGCUGAGUGAUAAACCUGACCUCCUGUUCAAGAGAGUGAGCAGUGAGUUUUACCCCCCAGCUGAUGCCUUCCCACUCUAUCUGUCCAUGUUUGUGAAGGAGCUCAGGCUGAGGGUCCGCUAUGGUGUGGACAUUGGAAGGAUCAGGGCCGUACAGUCAGCCACUGGCAGGAGCUACAUCCUGACUGAUCAGCACAUGUCUGACUACACAUGCAGCGUCCUUCUAGUAGCCACAGGUUUGUGGGUUCCUCAGAAUGUAGAGUUUGUCGGCUCCGACCUGGUUGAUGGCUAUGAAUCCAUCUCCACUAAUCCUGAGGACUACAAGGACCAGGCCGUGCUUAUCCUGGGAAAGGGGAACUCGGCUUUUGAAACAGCCCAGAGCAUCUUGGGAAGAGCAAGUCGGGUGCACAUGCUCAGCUCCAGCCCCGUUCGACUGGCUUGGCAAACUCAUUAUGUUGGAGAUCUCAGAGCUGUGAAUAAUGAGCUACUAGACACAUAUCAGCUGAAGUCCCUUGACGGGCUGGUGGAGGCAAGUUUGGAAAAAAUUGUUAUCAGUCAAGGAAAGGAGCAAGGUGGCAGGAGAUCGGGCACAAAGAAGAAGGAGAAGAAGAAACAGUUGUACCUGACGUUAAAGAAGUACAUGCAACACCAAGAGGACAAGAACAGCUCUGAUGUGACAGGGGAAGAACUUCCAGGGUAUUACAUUGACAACUUCUCUCUGCGAAAGCCCUACGAUCGAGUGAUUCGGUGCCUUGGAUUCCGGUUCAACUUCAGUGUAUUUGACAGCUCUGCCUGCCCACCGAACAGUGACAAUGCAAAAGGGAGGUUGCCAGGGCUGACAGCCUGGUAUGAAGGGAGCAACACCCCUGGCUUAUUUGUGCUUGGAACGGCGUCCCACUCCAGAGACUACCGCUUAUCUGCUGGUGGCUUCGUCCAUGGAUUCCGCUACACAGCGCGAGCUGUACAUCGCAUACUUGAACAGCGUUACCAUAGUAACCCUUGGCCGUCGACAAAACUUUUGACAACACAGCUGCAGUCCUGGAUCCUGAAGCGGGCUGGCGAGGCCUCAGGGUUAUACCAAAUGUUUGAGGUGCUGGGGGAUGUUAUACUUCUUCACGGCUCUCACUGUGAAUACGUGGAAGAGUUUACACUCCAAGCCUUGCCUCAGUUUUCCUCUCUGUCGGGCCAUGAGGUGUCCAGCCACGGACUGAUAGUUCUAGUCCUGCAGUAUGGGAAGAAGAAGAUAGACUAUCUGGGGCCAAACAGGUCUGAAAUGGACUGGACCAAAGCUUGGAAAUCCAACUUUCUGCACCCUGUUUUAUAUUACUACGACACUCUUCCUACUGAGGAAGAAAUGAAGCUCCGUCCUCAUGGCUGGCCUUUACCGAGGCCCAAGGCAAUCCAUCACAUGGUUGAGGACUUCCUCACAGAAUGGGAGAGUCCCAUAUCUCAUAUCCAGCCUCUGCGGCGCUUCCUGGAGCACUGUGUCCAGACUGACCUCAGGGCCUUCUACGCGGAAUCAUGCUUCCGCUUAUCUCUCACCCACCGCAAGCCGCCACUAUUCUGUCAACAAGGAUACUUAAAGCAGCAGGGUAUCGCUCAUGACAGUCAGCUGUGGAAGAACGUUCAUGACGCUGGACUGAUGCCUAGUGAGCACGACACAUCAGGGGCUGACCCCACCUUCCCCAACUACCUGGCACAAGCUGGAGCCUCCAUGUCUUCAGGACUGAAGCUUGACUUCUGAUUCUUUUACUCCAGCUUGUUAAAGAUAUUCCUGAUGCUGUUUAGGUCCCUCAGACCUUCUACCUCCAGCACCAUAAUUAUCCAACCCCUCCACAGGUUGAUGGAUCCCAACAGUGGCUUGUGAGGGAUUAGCGUCAAGGGAUAGUUUGGAUAUUUUUAAGUGGGGUUCUGUGAAGUAAAGGGUCCGUACCAUUACCUCGCCUCUCCAUUUUAGAGAUAAACCCAGUUUGGAGCAAGGUUAUUAUAGUUAACGAAAACUAACAAAAUAACGAAAACAAGAAUUGAAAAACAUUUCCGUAAAUUGUUUUCUUUAAAACGAUAAAUAACUGAAACUGUAUUGUGUGGUUACAAAACUAACUGAAACUAACUAAAAUUAUAGUGAAAAUGUCUUUAGUUUCCGUCUUUGUCAACUUUUUUCAUACGAAAACCUUUUUGGUUGAUAUGAAAUCUAUUUCAUCUAUCUGGUUUUAUGACUUAAUAAACUUAUUGAGACUAAGAUGGAUCAGACAAAGGAAAUAAAGGAAACAUUUAUUGGGACUUUUUUGAAUCUGGCACCCAACAAAUACCCCAUUACAAAAAAAAUAUUUUUUUUUAACUAACAAUAAAACUAAUAAAAACUAAACUAAAACUAAGCAUUUUCCAAAAAAAACCCCCAACUAAUUAAAACUAGCAAACUCACUCUAAAAACGAAUUAAAACUAACUGAAUCUGAAAACAAAAAAUCACAACAAAAUUAAAACUAAAACUAAUGAAAAAUCCAAAACUAUUAUAACCUUGGUUUGGAGUAGCAGGCAAGAGUUUCCUACAACCCCAUUUAAAAAAAUCAGAACUAACCCUUUAAAAUAAGGCACCUUCUACUUAGACACCCUCAUCACUAGAUGUUACACGUACAACUUUCAACCAAAGAAUGAUUAUCCUGUCUUUAUUUUGAUAAUAUUUACAGGUCCAAAGAAGUUAAAUUAUCCUGUAAUUCACAAGAAACAAAGCAAAGAUUACAGGCAAGAAUGAAAAAUGAAGCAUUACUUAGUGUAUUUCCUUAUUUGGUCAUUAUCUCACUUCCCCUCCAUCCCCCCACUGCUUGUCAAUGGAGAGGCAGCUUGUCCUUUGAAUGCUCCUUUAUUAUGAUUAUCCCCCACAAGAUAUCUCUAAACAUAAAUAUAUGCCAAUAUCAUAUCAGGAAGUCCUUGAUUUUAUGAAGCUUUAUAGGUGGAGGAUGGGUGUUACAGAAUGAUUAUGCAUUAUACAUUUUACAUGAUGUUACCUGAUAUAUGUGAGAUGGAGUAUUGACUGUUUUUUUUUAAAUAAAAAUAAAUUUGUUUUGUA